AAUCAGUACCGUGUUCUUUGCUGUGGACCGUCAACCAAGUGUUAAGAAGACCAUUACAAGCGUUUCUCCCCUCUGUUUCUACAAUUCCCCUUUAUUCCUUGAUAUUUUCUGGUUGUGUUUCUAGGCUGUACUUUAUUUCUUUUGACGGUCCAUGACGGCUAUUCUGUCACCCACAGAUGCCCUACGCAGAGACCCAAUAAUGGCAUCCAUAGAAGACAACCAGUUCAAUAGUUACCCCUCCACGGACUGGAAAGCAAAGUACAAUGAGGUCGCCGACAUGCUGGCAGAGACCCGUGCAGAACUCGACGAAUUUCACACUUCCAGCAAGGAGCUUGAGGAGGAGCUAAUCAAAGAAAUUGACCGUACAGAGAAGGCGCAGCAGGAUCUCAAAGUCAAGGUUGCAAAGACUGAAUUGGACCGAGACGAAUGGAAGUCCAAAUUUAUAUCGCUACAGACCACAUAUAAUACAACUACUACCUCCUUGCAACGAGAACUGGACACACUCAGGCAGGAGUCUCAGAAGUUGAAGGUCAGAUUACGCGACCUGGAGUUGGGCAAUGAUGACCUCGAGAGAAAUGAGCGUGUGGUCGCAUCAAGUCUGGCCGAUAUAGAGUCGAGAUAUUCCAAGGCGUUGGAGGAAAAGAUACUGCUCGAGCACGAACUUCUUGACAAGGCGCAUGUGGAGGAGGAAUUACAACGUGUCAAGGAUGAGCUACGAGAUGCAUCUGUAGAAAAUUCCAUCCUGAAGGAUCAGUUAUCAGUUGCUCGCUCCAGGGCACCAAGCAUCAUGACUGAAACUUCCACUUCCACCACCCCUUCGUCACUGUUCCCUCUUUCUACCCCUUCAACGGACGACAAUCUGCUCAGCACUCCACCACCGCCAGACCUUGAACUAUCUGAGCUUUCUUCCCAUGAGAAAUCCUCUAUUCCUACCCCUUCUCGCCCUCCUUCUACCUCUGUCAGCUCAAACUUUGGACAAUCCAUCCUACUUCAGCGCGCAGGUUUCCAGCUGAACAAACCUAACCCCAAUACAUCCUCGCCUUCAUCAAUCACGCGUUCGACCACCCUUCCAACCCUUUCUGUUUCACGCAACUCUCCUCGGACUGCCGUCCCUGUCCCCCGACCUACUGUUGUCACUGCAAGUUCCAGCGUGUCUACCAACAUUGCUGCCAUACCUAUGACAGCAUCGAAGAGCAAGGGCGUUCAAAUGGUUUCCGAAAUGCGUGCUCGUGUUAGGAACCUAGAACAGAAGAUCCAUACACGUGUUCCUCGCUUACGGAUGGGCAGCAAUGCUGGGCGGCAGGGAGCUAAUGCAUCGGCAAUCUCCACGACGGCCUCCACAUCCACUAUAUCCUCGACAUCGGCACCCAAGAGUACCUUUACACGCUCCCUGAUACCGGACAGCAAACUUGCCAAACCGAGUCCACAGCGACUUGGCGUAGAUACUGGUUUUACGAGUGGUGUGACUACUCCCAACCCUGAUAAUUCUGGAUGGGUUCUCAUUAUGGACGACACUCCUUCUCCAAAUAAGGAUGCCGAGAAAGAACACAGACGCUCAUCCAGUCCCUCAGCCCCCAGUGCUUUCCGCCGUGGAAUUCCUUCAUCAGCAUCAUCCCCUAUUUUCUCCAAGCCUAGCCACUUCGUCCAGAGUACAAUGGCCCAUAGUCGUCGACCUCAAUCACGCCUCUCCGGAGCGAGCCUCAGCACUACCGCAACAAUCAGUUCCAUUCCAACUCCUUCAUCUCGCCCCGCAACUCCCACUUUCCUCCCCCUACCAACAUCCCGUCCAUAUUCAAAUACGGGAGCUACUGGCUUCAAGAAGUCAACCGGGCCAGGUGCUGGUCCAUACGGUCAACCAAAACGUUCCUCCAUAGAUUCCAGUAAUACUGGGUCACCUACCCCCUCUUCUGAUGGAGAGUUUCGUCUUCGUGAACGACCGUUCUCAUACAAUGGGAAAGUCCAGAAUGACUUGAGGUCGUUGCCGCAGCUCCCUCUGUCGCACUCGAACGUGACACUCCGCGCAUCCUCUAGAAUCCCUUCGUCUGCCAGCAGUACCUCAGUAUUGUCGCAGAGCAGGAUUGGUCGACCUGUGGGUAUCACUGGUGGGCGGAAGAAUGGUGGAUUAGAACCUCCUGGUCAGGACAACGGCGAACCUGACAAGAAACCCCGGGGCAGAUCUGGGAGCAACGUGCUCAGUUUCGGACGUGGCGGCGCUUGAGCCGCUAUGUUUGCGGCUGUUUCUCUCUCUUUGAAUACCUUCCCGUUUGUCUGUGACAUGCUAUGCUGACUUUGGAGCAGCGUACCCUGACGAUCCUUUAGACUACGCGCCUUCCAGGUCUUGAGGACCACUAUCAUCCAUGCCCACUCGUUUUCGCGAACCAAUCCAUGCCUCACUAUGAUGACAUUAAUGACGGAACGAAUACCAAUUUACCAGCGACAAAGACCACCACUUCGCACUUCUG